AUGUGUUUGGACCCGAGACCAGCUUCCACCAGAGCAACAGCUGGCUCAAAUACAACCUUCACAGCUGGCUCAGAUACAACCUUCACAGCUGGCUCAGAUACAACCCUCACAGCUGGCUCAGAUACAACCUUCACAGCUGGCUCAGAUACAACCCUCACAGCUGGCUCAGAUACAACCCUCACAGCUGGCUCACAGACACAACCUUCACAGCUGGCUCACAGACACAACCUUCACAGCUGGCUCACAGAUACAACCCUCACAGCUGGCUCAGAUACAACCUUCACAGCUGGCUCAGAUACAACCCUCACAGCUGGCUCAGAUACAACCCUCACAGCUGGCUCACAGACACAACCUUCACAGCUGGCUCACAGACACAACCUUCACAGCUGGCUCACAGAUACAACCCUCACAGCUGGCUCAGACACAACCUUCACAGCUGGCUCACAGACACAAUCUUCACAGCUGGCACACAGAUACAACCUUCACAGCUGGCUCACAGAUACAACCUUCACAGCUGGCUCACAGAUACAACCUUCACAGCUGGCUCACAGACACAACCUUCACAGCUGGCUCACAGAUACAACCUUUACAGCUGGCUCACAGACACAACCUUCACAGCUGGCUCACAGACACAACCUUCACAGCUGGCUCACAGACACAACCUUCACAGCUGGCUCACAGACACAACCUUCACAGCUGGCUCACAGACACAACCUUCACAGCUGGCUCACAGAUACAACCUUCACAGCUGGCUCACAGACACAACCUUCACAGCUGGCUCACAGACACAACCUUCACAGCUGGCUCACAGAUACAACCUUCACAGCUGGCUCACACACAACCUUCACAGCUGGCUCACAGAUACAACCUUCACAGUUGGCUCACAGAUACAACCUUCACAGCUGGCUCACAGACACAACCUUCACAGCUGGCUCACACACAACCUUCACAGCUGGCUCACAGACACAGCCUUCACAGCUGGCUCACAGAUACAACCUUCACAGCUGGCUCACAGACACAACCUUCACAGCUGGCUCACAGACACAACCUUCACAGCUGGCUCACAGAUACAACCUUCACAGCUGGCUCACAGACACAACCUUCACAGCUGGCUCACAGACACAACCUUCACAGCUGGCUCACAGAUACAACCUUCACAGCUGGCUCACAGACACAAUCUUCACAGCUGGCUCACACACAACCUUCACAGCUGGCUCACAGAUACAACCUUCACAGCUGGCUCACACACACAACCUUCACAGCUGGCUCACAGACACAACCUUCACAGCUGGCUCACACACAACCUUCACAGCUGGCUCACAGAUACAACCUUCACAGCUGGCUCACAGACACAAUCUUCACAGCUGGCUCACAGAUACAACCUUCACAGCUGGCUCACACACAACCUUCACAGCUGGCUCACAGAUACAACCUUCACAGCUGGCUCACACACAACCUUCACAGCUGGCUCACAGAUACAACCUUCACAGCUGGCUCACAGACACAACCUUCACAGCUGGCUCACAGACACAACCUUCACAGCUCCCAAGUUACGAAGCUGUCUGCCACUCCUGGGAAUAUGUUCUCUCACAAACACAAUGUGAGAGAUUCUCACUAAGUGAGGGACUCUUGCUCUUGUCUCUCACCUUCCCUCGUGGAUCUCUCACCUUCCCUCGUGGAUCUCUCACCUUCCCUCGUGGAUCUCUCACCUUCCCUCGUGGAUCUCUCACCUUCCCUCGUAGAUCUCUCACCUUCCCUCGUGGAUCUCUCACCUUCCCUCGUGGAUCUCUCACCUUCCCUCGUGGAUCUCUCACCUUCCCUCGUGGAUCUCUCACCUUCCCUCGUGGAUCUCUCACCUUCCCUCGUGGAUCUACUUUACUAAAAGCACAAAGCAUUCUGCCAGCAUCUAACUCAAGAGAUGCUGCAUCUGCGGCGGCGGGUGUUAAGAGCAGCGUGAGUGAUGCUCAAUCCGACCUCUGGUUGGCAUUGAUGUCCAAAGUGAUGCUUCUUGUUGAUGUGUGUUCUCAGAUUAUGUCUAGAAAUAUUGCUGCAGCUUAG